UGACAAUUUUGCACGCAAUCAAUCAUCUUCUUCAUAUAAAUUCGAAAAAUCUACUCACAGAAAAAUAAAAAAUUUGCACAAGAAAAGAUUUUGGUGAAGUCAUUCUUUUUACGGGGUGGAACUAGAAUUGGAUACGAUUUUUCUGGGGGCUGGCUCCUUCAAUUAAGGAGGGAUCGAGUCAUAAAACACUAGAUCAGACAUAUGUCGUGCACCCUCUUUUGCCGAAGCAUCUGCGGAUACGUUGCUCUCACGCAGCAUGUGUUGCACCUUCACUUCUUGGAAUUCUCCUAAUAGUUCCCUGCAAUCAAAGAUAAGGGGCUAUAAAACAUUAGUAAGGGGACAAUUCUUGGUAAGAAGACACAAAAAGUAGUUUGAGAGUCAGUCCCUGUGAUGAUAAGGUCUGUGAUAGGUUGAAAUCCAAUGGCAGUUUAAUUCCAUUGCCGAUGGCCUAAGCUUCAGCAGUAGCAUAAGUAGCAACUCUUAUGUUUCUGCUAAAACCAGCAAUCGACAAUCCGAGGUGGGCUGGUGUCAUUCGUCGUUAAUUUGUUAGCAAGAUGGAAGAAGAGAAAAAUGAACUUUUAGAGCUAAGCAGUGCAGAGAAAGGGUUUUGUUCGAGUAAAAGUCUUGGUUCUGAAAAGUUGGAAUUAACAGUUGAUCAAGUGAUAGAAGAAUAUGUGGGAUCAUUUGGAUUUUCACAGUUGUUGCACGUGUUCUUGGUAUCAUUGGCAUGGAUUUUUGAUGCCCAGAGUACUUUAGUCACUAUUUUCGCUGAUGCUCAGCCAGAUGGAUGGAGAUGCAUUAGCUCAUCAUCAUCAUCAUCUUGUAGACUCACAAAUAUCAGUUCUGGAGAUGCUGCUUCAGUUUGCGGAUUGAAGCCUGGAACCUGGGAAUGGGUGGGUGGUAAUACAAGUUCAACCAUUGCUGAGUGGGGAUUGAUUUGUGACCGUAAAUUUCUUGCUGCGAUGCCAGCUUCAUUCUACUUUCUUGGAUCUCUCGUUGGUGCUUCUGUCUAUGGAUACCUAGCUGAUGCAUUCUUGGGAAGGAAAAGAGCUGUGCUCAUCUCAUGCCUCCUAACUUCGAUAACCAUUUUUCUCACCUCUCUCUCGCCAAAUAUAUGGCUUUAUUCACUCCUCCGGUUUGCAAAUGGCUUUUCUCGGUCAGGCAUUGGCAUAUGUAGCCUUGUACUAACAACAGAAGUUGUCGGUGUCAAAUGGCGCGGUCAAGCUGGCCAAUAUGGCUUCUUUUUCUUCGCGGUGGGCUUUGUUUCAAUUCCCCUAAUUGCAUAUCCCAGCAGGAAUUCUUGGAGAAGUUUAUACAAGAUUAUCUCAUUUCUGCCCCUUGUCUACUCCAUUUUUGUACUACUACCAUUUGUAUCAGAAUCUCCACGAUGGCUUCUCGUUCGAGGAAGAAGCAAAGAAGCUCUAGAUGUAUUAAGAAGAUAUGCAAGGCUCAAUGGGAGAAAAAUACCUCCCAAUCUGUGCAUAUCAGAACCAUCUGUUGCUACUCAAGAGACUAGUAAAGGGGAAGAAGUCUUGCAAGAAAGGACUCUGUGGAACACAAAAUGGGCUGCCAAAAGGAUGGCUUUGGUUAUGAUGACAGGCUUUGGGAUUGGAUUUGUUUAUUUUGGAGUUCAACUCAAUGUUGAGAACCUAAACUUCAAUUUAUACUUUGCAGUUGCAGCAAAUGCAAUGAUGGAGAUUUCAGCAGUAUUCAUUGGUGGUGUGCUCCUGAGCGUGGCUAAGCGCCGGCUAAUAUUUUCGCAAUUAGCUUUCAUUGCUGGACUUUCAAGCAUUCUUUGCAUACUAUUUUCAGGUGGGAAACAAGGAAUUCUGGAUAAAUCAGGAGGAAGCUGGCCAGAAUUUGAUCUUGAAGCAAUAGAAUUCAUGGCUGCAUCAACUGCAUUUAAUGUCUUGUUUGUUUACACUCUGGAACUUUUCCCUACAAAUGUGAGAAGCUUUGCUGUUUCUGUGCUAAGACAAGCCAUGGUGUUAGGGGCCUCCAUUGCUCCUCUGCUGGUGGCUGUGGGCAGAUACAGCCCAGCUCUCGCCUUCCUUAUAUUCGGGGCGCUGUCCAUUUUCAGUGGAUUGAUGAUUUUGUGGCUGCCGGAGACCAGAAACUCCCCUUUGUAUGAGACGCUGGAGCAACAAGACCAAGAGGGGCAGCUCAAUUCUGCUCCAAAUCACUUGGAAACUGAGCUCAGCAAAUGAAGCUCACCUCUAUGUAAAACAGCGGCCGAUUUAAGGUGGGGGCACUGGAGGCACGGCUUCACUGCCCUCUUAAAUUCCUAUAGUACCCAUAGAAUUUUGAUAUAAUUUCAACAGUGCCUAAGAGUUUUCUUACGAAGGAAGUGAAAGAAUUACAUGAUUCUCUAAGUUGGUUUAUGAAUUAAUAUUCUAAAAGGAUA